UGCUUAUUAUUAACAGCUAUAAGAGCCACUGCUCAAUAGAAUUCUAGGACUACUACAAGGAGAACAAGAUUAUCACUCUCUGCAUGCCACCACACUCAUCGCACCUCCUGCAGCCUCUUAACGUUGUCCCAUACUCGCUGUUGAAGCGCUACUACGGCAACAGGAUCUCGCUCUUAGCACGCAGCUGCAUCUACUAUAUUAACAAAGAAACCUUCCUACUAGCCUUUAAAGUAGCUUUUAAGAGGAUAUUUAUACUAGAGAAUGUUGUGUUAUCAAAGCUUGAUGUACAGCUACGUACGCCAACACCACCUGCACCAGGCACUGUCGCCUAGGAGGCGCAAACACCACGCAACACCCACGAGAUAGAGGCGCAGUUAACGCUAAUCUAAAAUCGCAUGCAAAAUUAUUAUAGGUUACUAGCAAGUUUAUUAGAUAAGCAGGUUAAGCAAUUAAGUAAAGGUGCUUAAUAGAUAGCUUAUAAUAUAGUGUUAGUGUAGGAGGAAAUAGGCUGCCUACAAGACACUGUUACUACGCUUACAAAGCACAAGACCUAUAAAAGGCAGUAUAUACGCAUAGAGGAGACUCUAACAGUUAGUAAGGUAUCUAACCUAGUUGCUAAAAAGGAGGGUAGUAGUUGUGAGAAGGGCAAGACGCCUGCGAAGAGGGUGCGCGCAGAGAGGCGCUGCAGCCAUUACAGCAAAAUUAGGCACAACUCCCACACCUGUAAAGUAGAAAUUAAGGACAUAGAUAAUAGCAAC